AUGCUCGUCCUUUCCAAACUCCACAAUAUUCUCUCCCAAAUCCUCGCCUUCCCCGAAUUGCACACGGCGGUGCUGUUGACUGUUUCUGGCGAGCUGGUGUCGUACGCCGCGGAACCUACCAGGUCGAAGGAUGAUAUCAGGGUUAUUGCUGGGUUAGCUAGUGAAAUUUGGCACGAGACGAAGGAGCAGGGGCAUGGGAUGGUUGAUAGCGAGAAGUUUGGUAGGAUUGUUGUUGUCCCCGUUGAUGAUGAGGAAGGGCAGGAGCAGGAUGCGGAAGAAGAGGAUGAAGAUGGGGUUGUGGAGCGACAGCCGUUGAUGCUACUCGCACUCAACGGUUACGAGUCUCUGGACUUUGACGAGCUUCAUGAAAGGGGAACGGUGUUCGCCAAACAUUUGGCAAAACCUCUCAGUCGGUUUAGACCCUUUUUGAAGGUCAAGGCUACACCGCCAACGCCUGCAGCUCUCUCACCAGCGCCUGUUCGAAUAUGA